CCCGCCCGCCCGCCAUGUCCGCCGCCAUGAACAGCAGCGCGAGCGCCGCAGCCGCCGCAGUCAAAUUCGUCGGCUCCGACGCAGACGGCCUGCCGUUGAAACGAAAGCAGGUCCAACAGGCUUGCAUGUCCUGUCGCAAGAAAAAGAAACGCUGCAUACACACAAUACCGUCUUCCCCGCCAGAAACCAAGACGCCGCUUCCACCAUCCCAAAUCCCAGAUGCACCGCCCGAGUCUAGCCCCACACGAGGCGACGACAAUACCGUCAUCUCAUCUUCCCAAGAGAGGCUUGAAGAUGACAUUUGUCAGGUAGCUGCAUCCCAGCUGGUCGAACUUUCAUCCCGGUUUGUUGGUGACCUCAACCCGGAAGGCAUCUUUGUGGAAGCAACAACAACCAAGGCAUCAUCUGUACCUCCAGGACCAGAAGAAAUAGGGAUAUGGCUCCCCACUCGCUCAGAAUCAACCAAGACCAGCGCACGAAGUCCUGAUGUUUCCUCACGUCGAAGUCGUCAUGUGCCGAAUCACUAUCGAAAUGGGAGUGAGCGCCGGGGCAGUCUGCUUGCCGCAUUCGAGCGUGCAAGGGCACAGUAUCUCAGCGAGGAGUGCCUUGUCACAAUGCCUCCCCCUCCGGAGUAUUCUGUGCUUCGCCAGAUUUUUAUGGACAAAGUGCACCCGAUAUUUCCAAUCUUUACCGACUCGGACCUGGCUGGAAAUAACCCCGAUACGGUGUAUUGCGAUGUCAUGAAGCAGGUCAUCUCUUUAAUUGGCGGCCUGGAUCCGGCAGGUCGAAAGAAUCUACGAUUAGAAUCAGGCGGCCCCCUGCUCAAGCCUCGAGAGUUUCAUCAACAGAUGGCAGAGGCGAUAUUUCCUGUCUUGGAGGCCGACUGGAUACAGAACAAAAUUGAUCAUAUACGUAUCCUAACCACCAUGGCCCUCUUCUACCAACCAUACGACACGUCUCAAAAGGACCGGGCCCGUGCUGCGUGGCUCAACACACAGGCUGUUCACCAUUUACAGACGCUCAGUGUGCACCUCAAUGGCUACCGCCCGCAAAGACCGGGUGAAGAUAUUGAUCGUGUUUUCUGUGCCGUUUGGGCAGUGGACAGAUUAUGCGCGUCAUUCUAUGCUCGCCCUACAAUAAUACACGAGCGGGACGUUGAGAAGGACCUGGAACUUGCGAUAAGCAAGCAGCCACCAUGCUUCAUGUUGCUGCUGAAGCUUGUUCAGACACUCGACAGCGUGUUCCCUCUAUAUCGGCCGCAUCAAAAAUUCGAGUACACCGACAUUCCGGUAUUGGAAUCUUUGAUAAUGGAUACAGGGACUGGGAGAACCCCCACUCGACUUCUUGCGACCUUGGAGACGCUUUAUCACGCCAUUGCCGUGCUUAGCUGCCGUCAACCGCGCAGCGCCUUUUCUUUGACGUCACCCGAUGACAACCGCUCUCAUCUACCCAACUCUACGAUCAACCCUCGACGGUCCCUCUCUGCGGACAGGAUUGUCUGGGCGGUCCAGAACGAAGAUCUUGGACCGUUCCCGUUCGUUCCCUAUGCAGUCUCACUGGCCCUCACCGUGCACUAUCGCAAGAUGAGGUACAGCAAAACGGUCAUGUUCCGCAACCGGGGCAGGGACAUGUUUCGAAACAUUGUCGCUGAGCUGAAGAAGCUUGGUGAUUACUUCUUCAGCGCCAGGAUAAAUGCUGGACUGGGCGAAAGCAUCCUGCGGGAAAUGGAGAAAACAGCAACAUCUUUGUGUCGCGAAGAUGGCGAAAACGGCUCCAAUACUGUUCCUCCAAUCGUCGCUACGGCGUCAGCGCUGGCCGCGCUGAGCCGGAACGGGACGCCCCUCGCGGCUCCUGCCGGCGAUACCAGGAUGAUCGACGCGCCAUCAGUCCACGCAGUGAACGGCGGUUCUGGACUCGGCGACGGUGCGGGGGCAAAUGGCUACCAUGCCACUAGUGGGGCUCCAAUAUCAUCAAUUGCGAACGGAAACAUGGAGCCAUCAGUCUUCGAUCAACUCGACGUCGAUGUGGACUUGUUCGGCUUCUUCGAUCCGAGCUUUAACCUUGGCGCCGUCGACACAGCCUUGGAGGCGAAUCUGAACAUGGGCUAUCCGCAACUGUGGCCUGCGGAUACCUGGGGCUUUGCCAACAUCUAAGAAUAAACUGACUCGUUUUUGAUAAGCUUUUGAUCCGGUGAACUUUUCUGGCGAUAUUUAUUUCCGAGUUCUACUGUUUAUAUGGAGAAGCAUGGAAAUGAACACGGAGUGCACUUUUGGACCCUGACGGGGAAUAUUCAUGCCAACCCUGGAAGGCAUUGAGAAUGAGUGUGGGGCGAAGUGGGUGUUUUGUCGCGGCUUUUUCUGGCCAGCGCGUCUAUCAUCCGCGCGCGUUUGAUCAUCAGAUGUCAGGAUUCUGACCAGGACAUUGAUGGUUAAUAACUCAAUUUAAGGCUAGGUUACACCAGACAGUCUAUUCGCGACACCAAGCUUGACCGCGCGGUUGUUACUAAUGUCCCCCUAACCUGGUCCGUUGUACACAUCUAGAUCACCAGCAACCAACUCAACCUUGCGCGUGUCAGUGCGAAUUUAAUGGUAUACGAAGUGUACAACCUGGUUUCCAUUUUGGGAAUAUUACGGCAUCCACCACUGUUGUAUUCUUGUCCCAAGGUGGUAGCCCAACCGAUCGAUCAUGGUGGGUGUUGAAUCGGCCAGCCAGUCCCUUUUCGGUGUACCAGAAAACUACAGUCGUAUUAUACUUGGAGCCAGUCUUUCCAGUUUUUACGGUCAUUUGGUUGGUGUUUCUUUCGAAUGACCGGCUGCAUCACUCAAGAUUCAAUGGUGCGCUUUGAUCCUUUCCCCACUACUUUCCCCAAUCCCUAGGAUGGGGUGUCAUUUCCUGCAAGGGGGCUUGUCAUGCUGUGUUUACAAGGACAUAUGGCAGGCGGUUGACUGGAGGUAUAAUAGAACGAUUCGUCCUUGUUUCUAGAGUCGGAUUCUACUAUGCUGUCCACCACCACCCACUCCAGUCACUCUUUUCACUGACAGUACUGCUCAGAACGUUCUUCCCCUGUCAAGAUGCGCGCCUCAACAGUUCUCAGCAUUCUGUCUUUCACAGCCCUUGGCCAAGGCAUCCGUAUUCUCCAGGGAAACGAUGACGGCUGGGCUGAAAUGUACGCGAGGACAUUCUAUGAUACCCUCACUGCCUCUGGUCAUGACGUGAUCCUGUCGUGUCCUGCCGAGAACAAGUCCGGCUCUGGCUCAAGUGACGCUGAGCCCCAGCCACGCAAGACAGCCUGCGAGUACGAUAGCUGCCCGGCGGACUCCGGUCCAGUCGGCUCUGACUCCAAAAACCGCAAGCUGAACUGGGUCAACUCAUACCCGGUGACUGGUGUCAGGUACGGCCUGGACACAUUUGGACCACAGAUCUGGAACGGCCAGAAGCCUGAUCUGGUCGUUACCGGUGUCAAUGUCGGCAGCAACCGCUACAUCCUCUUCCCUUCGGGCACCGUCGGCGCGGCCCUAGAAGGUGUUAAGGAGGGAAUCCCCGCAAUCGCCUUCUCAGGCGAUGAUGGUGGCGGCCACCGCUCCUUCGACCCCAGCGGAAAUAGCACGACGCCCUCGGCCAAGGUCUACGGCGAGCUUGCCACCAAGUUGGUCAAUUAUGUCGUCUCCAAGGGAACUCCUUACCUGCCGGAAAACACCUUGCUCAACGUCAACUUCCCCAAGCUCACCGAUACGUGCGCGAAGGCCGAUGACUUCAAGUUCGUCUUCUCGCGCGUAGCGCUCGGAGUCUUCUCAUCAAAGGAUACCACGGUCUGCGGCACCGACAGGCUCCCCAGUGAGCUCGAGAUCUCGUUCCGCAACGACUGCAUCAUAUCGGUCAGUCCCGUCGCCACGGACAAGACCACCGCCUCCAAAGAUGUCCAGGCUGUCGUGUACGAGAAGCUCAAGGAUUUUCUGCAGUGCCUGCCGAACUAAGUGGCUGUGCCCUGAGUUUUGUCUUGUUUAUUUUCGGCAGUUUUUGCGUAUCAAAGAUGGAUUCUCUGUACAUAAUUUCCAGCCGUAUAUACCAUAAUUAUAACUAGUUGUGUCUUCAGAUCUACAGGUUUUACCACUGUUACA